AUGGGGUGCAGCUCUGAGGCUGCUCCGAGAGGCACAGCGAUCACGCGUGCGAAGCAACACCGUCGUCUACACUUUCGCCGUCAUCGCGUGCGGAAAGGGGCGGCAGUGGCAGCACGCAUUGUCGCUGCUCGGCGAGGUUGCGGGUAUGCUGCUGGAGAAGAACAUCUCUUCAGCUACAGCGCUGGGAUCAGCGCGUGCGAGAAGGGCGAGCAGUGGCAGCGGGCGCUGGCACUGCUGGGCGAGGUGUGGGAGGCGAAGCUGGAACCCAACGUCAUCAGCUACAAUGCUGGGAUCAGCGCGUGCGAGAAGGGCGGGCAGUGGCAGCCGGCGCUUGCGCUGCUGACCGUGAUGCGGGAAGCGCAGUUGGAUCCCGACGUUAUCUAUCAGCUGCAACGCUGGGAUCAGCGCGUGCGAGAAGGGCGGACAGUGGCAGCGGGCCUUGACACUACUCAACGGUAUGUCGGAUGCGAACUUGGAGCCCAACGUCAUCUCUACAGCGCUGGAAUCAGCGCUUGCGAGAAGGGCGAGCAGUGGCAGAGGGCUUUUGCGCUGCUGAGCGAAAUGAGGGAGGCGGAGGUGAAACCCAACGUCAUCUACUAUACCAUCUAUAACUCUGGGAUCAGCGCGUGCGGGAAAGGAGGGCAGUGGCAGCGGGCUUUGUCGCUGCUCAGCGAGAUGUGGAAGGCGAAGUUGAAGCCCACUGCCACUUACUACACUUCUACAACGCUGGGAUUAGUGCGUGCGAGACGGGCGAGCAGUGGCAGCGGGCUCUGGUGCUUCUCAGCGAGAUGUGGGAGGUCAAGGUGA